AUGUCGGAAGGCGAGCCCCAGACAGUACUCAGCAGUGGUUCGGACCCAAAGGUAGAAUCCUCAUCCUCAGCUCCUGGCUUGACGUCAGUGUCACCUCCUGUGACCUCCACAACCUCUGCUGCUUCCCCAGAGGAAGAAGAAGAAAGUGAAGAUGAGUCUGAGAUCUUGGAAGAGUCACCCUGUGGGCGCUGGCAGAAGAGGCGAGAAGAGGUGAAUCAGCGGAAUGUACCAGGUAUUGACAGCGCAUACCUGGCCAUGGAUACAGAGGAAGGUGUAGAGGUUGUGUGGAAUGAGGUACAGUUCUCAGAGCGCAAGAACUACAAGCUGCAGGAGGAAAAGGUCCGUGCUGUGUUUGAUAAUCUGAUUCAGUUGGAACAUCUCAACAUUGUCAAGUUUCAUAAGUAUUGGGCUGACAUUAAAGAGAACAAGGCCAGGGUCAUUUUUAUCACAGAAUACAUGUCAUCUGGGAGUCUUAAGCAAUUUCUGAAGAAGACUAAAAAAAACCACAAGACUAUGAAUGAAAAGGCUUGGAAGCGUUGGUGCACACAAAUCCUCUCUGCCCUAAGCUACCUGCACUCGUGUGACCCCCCCAUCAUCCAUGGGAACCUGACCUGUGACACCAUCUUCAUCCAGCACAACGGACUCAUCAAGAUUGGCUCUGUGGCUCCUGACACUAUCAACAAUCAUGUGAAGACUUGUCGGGAAGAGCAAAAGAACCUCCACUUCUUUGCACCAGAAUAUGGAGAAGUCACUAACGUGACAACGGCAGUGGACAUCUACUCCUUCGGCAUGUGUGCACUGGAGAUGGCAGUGUUGGAGAUUCAGGGCAAUGGAGAGUCCUCAUAUGUGCCACAAGAAGCUAUCAGCAGUGCCAUUCAGCUUCUAGAAGACCCAUUACAGAGGGAGUUCAUUCAAAAGUGCCUGCAGUCUGAACCUGCUCGCAGACCAACAGCCAGAGAACUUCUGUUUCACCCAGCACUGUUCGAAGUGCCCUCGCUCAAACUCCUUGCUGCCCACUGCAUUGUGGGACACCAGCACAUGAUCCCAGAGAAUGCUCUGGAGGAGAUCACCAAAAACAUGGAUACCAGUGCUGUACUGGCUGAAAUCCCUGCAGGACCAGGAAGAGAACCAGUUCAGACUCUGUACUCUCAGUCUCCAGCUCUGGAACUGGAUAAAUUCCUUGAAGAUGUCAGGAAUGGGAUCUACCCCCUGACAGCCUUUGGGCUGCCUCGGCCCCAGCAGCCGCAACAGGAGGAGGUGACAUCACCUGUGGUGCCCCCCUCUGUCAAGACUCCAACACCCGAGCCGGCUGAGGUGGAGACCCGCAAGGUAGUGCUGAUGCAGUGCAACAUUGAGUCGGUGGAGGAGGGAGUCAAACACCAUCUGACGCUUCUGCUGAAGCUGGAGGACAAACUGAACCGGCACCUGAGCUGUGACCUGAUGCCAAAUGAGAACAUCCCGGAGCUGGCGGCUGAGCUGGUGCAGCUGGGCUUCAUUAGUGAGGCUGACCAGAGCCGACUGACUUCUCUGCUGGAGGAGACCCUGAACAAGUUCAAUUUCGCCAGGAACAGCACCCUCAACUCAGCCGCUGUCACCGUCUCCUCUUAG